AUGGAGCCGUACGCUCACACCGCGACGGCGGACGAGCUGGACGAGAUGGCGGAGAAGCUCGGCCGGCUGAACUCGCGGGGAUCCGGCUACUCGCGCCACACGCAGUCAGUGUCAUCGGUGGACGAGCGAUACGACGGACGACGCCGAGUCCCGUCGUCGGGUAGCAUGUCGCUGUCGCACGCGCCCGACUCGCCGAGGUAUCCCGGCCAGGAUGAUGUCUUUCGGCUGCCGACCUACGAGAUCGGGGACCGGCCCGCCGCGGCGGGCCCCAUGCAGCCUCCCGGCACCCCGCGAGCCUACCCGCAGUUCCACCGAAAAGACUCGUACUCGUCCGAGAGGCGCCCGUCCAGGGGUUCGACGGCCGGCUACAGCCUGUACCCCGCACCCAAGCCGCCAAUGACCAAGCCGCUGCCGCCCGUCCCUGCGCUCGCGCUCGGCCGCCAGACCUCGCGCCGCGCUUCGUCGCAACCGUCGCUGGACGGCUCGGAAGCCGGAUCGGGGGAGACAUCAUCCCGCUACUCGCAGUCGUCGUCGAGGGGAAGCACGCUCGAGCGUGUCUCUUCGACCGGGAGCGCGACGGCGUCCACCCCCGCGGCCCCGUUAUCGUCACCCACAACACCGGGCGAAUUCCGCGCGCCGCUGCGGCCAGUGCGACCGCCGCAGCAGCCGAUGCAACCGCAGCACCCGUCCUCCUCGCAGGUGACCCUGGUCCCCUGGAAACAGCUCGUGUCCAACGACAAGCCGCUCAAGGAGCCGUCCGUCUACUUCUUCGACAUAUCCACCACCUCGGCGACGCUGGCCAGCAAGCACGGCAACAACAUCGUCCGGAUAUGGUCCGUCGGCAGCGGCGAGGUGCAGAACAACCUCAAGAUCUCGUGCUACACCACCGCGCAGGCGCGCUCGCGCGAGUACUUUGUGCGCAGCCACGCGAUCCUGUCGGAGCCCUCCAACCUGAUCGCCAUCGCCACCGGCUUCGGCGACACGCUGGAGAUCUGGGACUGGGGCAAGAAGAAGCGGCUGCAGACCUUCGACAACGCCAACCGCUGGGCGGCCGUGCGCUCCAACGUCAUGGAGGCCGGCUGGUGCUCGCUGGUGACGUACAACGGCGACGCCGACACCAUCGACCUGUACGCGCCGACCCGCAACGCCAAGAAGCCCUUCAAGAAGGCCCGCACCAUCGAGCUGCGCAAGGCCGGCCUGCCCGUCCUGCCCAAGUACCCGGAGCUCGCCUUCUCCGCCACCGGCCCGCUGCUCGUCACCGCCUCCGGCCCGCGCCCGCCCCGCCUCGGCCACCCGCCCCCGGAGCGCGAGACGCUGCUGACCGCCUGGGAGGUCCACGACGGCGCCGCCACCGCCACGCCCUACAAGGUCGUCGCGCCCUGGCAGCACUCCGAGCUCGACACGGCGCUGCCCUCGGGGCUAGCCACGUACGGCUCGGUGGCCGUGUCGAUCUGGAUCCCGGCGUCGUACCGGGCGGUGCCGAUCCCCGCCGAGCGCGGCGGCACGGGCGGCUACAACCUGGCGCCCGUGGCCGUGCCCUACCGCCACGUGCUGGUGUGGGACUUCGCGGCGAGCUCGACCCGGACGUUCCGCAUCCCCAACACGUCCUCGUGCGUGUCGCCCGACUGCCGCUUCGUGGCCUACUGCGACGCCCGCGGCGUCGAGAGCGGCGCCCGCGGCUGCCUCGCCCUGCUCGACGCCAUGACCGGCCGCCAGCUGUGGUGCUGGCCCGAUCCCGACGCCGGCGUCAUGGACGACGCCGUCCAGAACCACCUGCCGGACUUGAGCAAGGUGUCCGAGAUGUGCUUCUCGGCUGACGGCGGCUUCUUGUUCGUCGGCGAUUUGGACGGGGGCAUUGCUGUGUUUGAGGUGAGGGAGGGGAGCGGCGGCGCCGCGGGGUCGGGCGCGAGCUUGCGCGGGGUGAGAUAGUGAAUGGGAUGGGAUGGGAUGGGGUUGGGUUUCCCUGGGAUUGGUUGGGAUGAGACAAGGUGACGUAAUGAUCGUGGUACAGUUUACGUGCGGCGGUGGAUUAUCCCUGGGAAGGUUUUGGAUAGGUCGGGCUGGUGCUCGGAGGCGGCACGGCGUUCUUUGGGUAGGUCCCGGAUGGACGGCUUUUCUUUUGGCUGGCGAAUGUGGCAUCACUUGUAGUAACGCGAGGCUAGAUGGUGACGAACUUCGCUCCCGUAUAAGGAGAUGAGGAUACCCAAUUGUGUAAUCUGGUCAGUGU